AUGUCUGGUGCAGCGAAACUGAGCAAACAGAGCAAUUCGUCAGUUUCCCCAAUUGACUUUUUUUUCGUCACAACAACCACAAAGCAGCCAACAAUGUAUUGCACCAUUAAAGUUUACUCUCUAUUUGUCACUCAUCACGGUUUGUCUGUUUUCCCUCUAACUCUGUUACCCCACAAUAUCCAACCCCGGAUCAGAUUGAACAAUAACCUUUCACAUCCGCAAACGGCCGCACGCCCCCAUCACUGGAGAUUGAAAGAUGUCACCAUUUCCGACAAGCUAGCUAACGGAAUUAACAACCUUUGA